GAGAAGCUACGCUAACAUCGAGGACUGUUUAUCCGCAAUGUCUGAGGUCUGUUCCACUAAACCACACAGUGAUGUUCAGUGAAGCCAUGAAUGAAGUUGAGGAGAAACAUCAGUGUCAGAAACCUCAGAAUCUUGUAACGCUAGAAAUGUCUUCUAGUAGUUUGCAGAAGAACAAGAUUUUCUCUCCAAAAAUGAAACAAAGAACAGAAGCAGAGGAGCCGUUCACCUGCUCUCAGUGUGGAAAGAGUUUCAAAUACAAAUGUCUUCUUCAGGUACACAUGAAAAUUCACAGUGAAGAGCGUCCAUACACGUGUCCUCAGUGUGGAAAGAGUUUCAAACACAAAUCAACUCUUAAAAAGCACAUAAGAAAUCACACUGGAGAAAGCCAGCACACAUGUCCUCAGUGUGGAAAGAAUUUAGACUGCAAAUCAAUGCUUGAGAAGCACAUUAGAGUUCACACUGGAGAGCGUCCUUACACGUGUCCUCAGUGUGGAAAGAGUUUCAAACACAAAUCAUCGCUUAAGAAGCACAUUAGUAUUCACACUGGAGAGAGUCGACACACAUGUCCUCAGUGUGAAAAGAGUUUCACACAGAAAUCAAUACUUGAGAAGCACAUUAUAAGUCACAUUGAAGAGCGUCCAUACACGUGUCCUCAGUGUGGAAAGAGAUUCAAACGCAAAGUAAAGCUUGAGGACCAUGUGAGAAUUCAUACUGGAGAGCGUCCAUUCACAUGUCCUCAUUGUGGAAAGAGUUUUAAUCAGAAAUCAAAUCUUGAAGUGCACAUCAGAAUUCACACUGAAGAGAGCCGACACACAUGUCCUCAGUGUGGAAAGAGUUUUACACAGAAGAAUUAUCUUGUGGUACACAUGAAAAUUCAUACUGAAGAGCACAGAUACGCGUGUCCUCAGUGUGGAAAGAGUUUCACACAGAAACAUAAUCUUGAGGAGCACAUUAGAAUUCACACUGGAGAGCGUCCGUACCCAUGUCAUCAGUGUGGAAAGAGUUUUAAGCUGCAGAAUCAUCUUAAGGUGCACAAGAAAAUUCAUACUGGAGAGCGUCCAUGAAC